AUGUACGGUGCAGAGAGGACCUGGGUACCAGCAGUCGUUAAAAGCGAGAAGGGCAAUCGUAUUUACGAAUUAGCAACAGUUUCAGGACAGUCGCUAACCCGCCACGCAAACCAGCUCUGGGUUUAUCACGGAGACACCAAAGCUUCUGAUAACGACAAACACCACGUUACUUCAAACACAAAGAGCCUGAAACCAAGAAGAAGACAAAUUCUUUGUUGUCUGGUUUUUGGAAGAGAGCAUGAUGUGAAAGAACCUCCUUGGAGAUUGACUAGAGUGAAGAAGCCAGUUCAAGAAGCCAGUUUCAGCCAGUUUAAUGAUGCAGCCAAACAAAAAUUUAUACAAUUGAGUUCUCAGACUACCUUAGCUUUCUACCGCUCAUCUGGGAACGUCCUUGAAGGUAAACUUUCUCCUCGUUGUGUUCCGGGCUCAAGUAAUGAGAGCCCGCACUGUUUUUUGGGCACGUCCGCGAUGCCUCUCUGUAGUUCGCUCCAGUGA